CUUCUUCUCUGACUUCACAAGCAAGUCACAAACACUCCGCUUUCUUUGAAAACAAAUCCCCAACUUGCUUCGAUUUCAUUUCAAGUUUUCUUCUUCUUUGAAUUAUCUGAAAACAAUGGAAUCACACGAGGAAAGUGAGAUCAAUGGCCCUCAUUCCAUGGGUACCACCAUCAUCGGCGUCACUUAUAACGGUGGUGUCGUCCUCGGUGCCGAUUCUCGCACCAGCACAGGAAUUUAUGUUGCAAAUCGAGCAUCUGAUAAAAUCACUCAGCUAACUGAUAAUGUCUACUUAUGCCGUUCUGGAUCUGCAGCGGAUUCUCAAACUGUGUCUGAUUAUGUGAGAUAUUUUCUUCAUCAGCACACGAUACAAUUGGGGCAACCGGCGACAGUUAAGGUUGCUGCUAACCUUGUUAGGCUGUUGUCUUACAGUAACAAGAAUAUGUUGCAAACUGGAAUGAUUAUCGGGGGUUGGGAUAAGUAUGAAGGAGGUAAAAUUUAUGGAGUGCCUCUUGGAGGAACACUUUUGGAGCUGCCGUUUACUAUUGGAGGUUCAGGAUCCACUUACUUGUAUGGUUUCUUUGAUCAAGCAUGGAAGGAAGGGAUGACCCAAGAAGAAGCUGAGCAAUUAGUGGUGAAAGCAGUCUCUCUUGCUAUUGCUCGUGAUGGUGCAAGUGGUGGUGUUGUUCGGACUGUCACUAUAAACUCAGAAGGCGUGACAAGAAAGUACUAUCCUGAGGACAAGCUCCCCCGAUGGCAUGAGGAGCUGGAGCCACAGAACUCAUUGUUGGACAUAUUGUCAUCAUCCAGUCCCGAGCCAAUGGUUUCUUGAGAAAAUGCCUCGUCAUGCUGGGCAUCGAUUGUCUUAAGAAAAUGAUGUCAGGCACUUGUUAUCAAAAGAAAAUGCCCCAUGAUGUCAUGAAGUGAAUGUUGUUAGCAUACCAAUGUAUGCCAGGAAACAUUUUCCAGUGUAAAGACUAUUUUUCUGAUUUUGAUCAUCUUUUUUGUCUUGCUGUGUCUUCCAUUUGUUUUUAUUUAAGGAUAACCAUUCCAUAAGCAAAGGCCAUAAAGAAUGGCAGAUGCCAAA